ACUGUCUCAAUGGAAGUCGUAUCAGCCUGGGCCCCAGCAGUGGGUUUCACACUCCUGCCCCACGCAGGAGGGUAUUUAGGAAGCUGGAUGACCAAAAGUGAAAUCCCAACAUGGUAUGAAUCUCUGCAGAAACCAUCCUGGUGUCCACCUAAUUGGGUGUUCGCUCCUGUUUGGGGAACUCUCUACACAUCUAUGGGAUAUGGCUCCUACCUGGUGUGGAAGGAAUUGGGAGGCUUCAACGAGAAGUCAGUGAUUCCUCUGGGUCUGUAUGCAGGGCAGCUGGCACUAAACUGGGCAUGGACUCCUGUAUUUUUUGGAGCUCACAAAAUGGGAUGGGGGUUGGCGACUCUCCUUCUCACGACUGGUGCAGCAACAGCUACAACUGCUUCCUGGUAUAACAUCAACAAAACAGCAGCUUAUUUGAUGGUUCCUUAUUUAGCUUGGCUAACCAUGGCUUCUGCACUCAACUACCGUGUCUGGAAGGACAAUAGCGACAAGAAACAAUCUGAAUAGGCAGUUUUCAGCCGAAGUUUUUUCACAAGUUUUCUAAAUAAAGUUA